AUGAGCGGUCUUAUGCGAGUUUGUAUAAAAGAUUUAAACUCAAAUAUUGGUAAUUCGUUGAUUGUAGGAAUCAUUAUUGGAAAACGUAGAUGGAAUACUUUCUCUUCAUUAACCAAAGCCGAACGUGCAGUUUGGUCGUUCACAUUACGAGAUUCCGCACAAGAUACAAUAAAUGUUACUUGUUGGGGAAGUGUUACGUACAUACAAACUUUACAUGAUUCCUUCCAUAUUGGAGAUGUGGUUGAUAUAAUAAAGGCACAAAUACGUAUAAGAAGUCCUGGUGAACGAAGUGAAAGUUUUCAGCCUGUUGUAAAUUCUCCUUUUGCAUUAGUAUACAAUGAAGGGCAAUCACAGUUACAAUUCCAUGAUGGUGAUAAUAUUAAUUACUAUACUUCAAUGAUGCAAAUACCAUCAAAGAAAAUAUCUGGAACGUGCAGCUUAUAUGAUAUUCAAAACAGUGCAACAUCAAUGAGUGGAGUGAACGUAGAUCUCUUAGUAGGUGUACGAACUGUAGGUCCUGUAAAAACAGUAACUGCAGGGAAUGAACAAAAAAAAGUCCGUAAUAUUAUUGUGAUGGAUCAAACCAAUUCUGGUAUUCCAAUAGCACUUUGGGAAGAAGAUGAUAUAAUUCGUGCAUCACAAUGGGAGCCCAGGAAAACUGUUUUAUUUAUCUCUGAUUGCCGAAUUGCAAUCCGAAAUGGAAGUCAUGCAAUUCUGUUAACACCACAAACAAUUAUUACAGCUAAUCCAAGUAUAAAAGCAAGUCUUGAGUUAGUGAAUUUCAUGUCAAACUCAACACCAAUUCCUAUAUCACAUUCCUUUAUUGUUCCUGAAAAUAUUCCAAACCCUGAAUUUAUUUCCAAUGUUAUAAGUGUAGCACAGUUGAUUAAAAAAAUGGAGUAUUUUAACAGCAACCCCAAUAUUGAAGUACAAUUUUCAGGGGUAACUUAUGCGUUUAUAACAGAUUUUAAUUUGGAAACUCAAUCUGUCGUUUUAAAAUGCGGAAUUUGUAAAUGGAAAAUUGAUCCUCAAAUUGGAAUAUGUUUCAAUCAAGAUUGUCCAGCUGGUUCUGGAUCCGAAUUAGUAGCUCCAAAUAAAGUAUUUGAUAUUCUUGUCAGUUUAGCUGAUCACACCGGUGAAAUAAAGAAUGUACAUUUGUUGGAUGAUAGUGCUGAAAAAGUUCUUGAAAUGAAAGUAUGA